AACUCAUUGCAGAAAAGGAUAAACUCAUUGCAGAAAAGGAUAAAUUCAUUGAAGAAAAGGAUAUACGCAUUGCAGAAAAGGAAACACAGCUGAAAGAUCUCAAGAGCCAAUUGCUGCAACAGGAGAUGCAAAGUCUCCAAGAAUUAUCGCGGGUCAAGGUCAUAGCCAACAACCGAGCUCUGAUUGAGAACGCCAUGCAACAGUACAAGAGCGACUUGUCUCUCACGAAAGGUUUGGAGAUGUUUGUGAACGAGCAUUUGUUGACUGUAGGCCGUGACAAAACGACAUUGAGUAUGUAUGGCAGAGAAGUCUGUAAUAAGCUGCGAAACUUUGGCUUCGCAGCGAAGGAAGACUUUGUUCAGAAAGAACUUAAAAACCUCAUACACGAGAUCUCAAAACCUUUACACAGACCGCACGUAUCGGGUAAGAUUUACACAGGGUAUGUGGUUGGAGGGGAACCGCCGCUUGCAGAAGCGCUUGCGAUCGUGAUCUCAAAACUUCAAGAAUGCAAGUUCGUGAAAAACCUGGAUGUCCUGCUGGUCGAUGGGGAAGGGAAAUGCAAGUGCGUGCUGAGUAAUGGAGACAUCGUUGAAUACGGUGAAGCGUAGUCUACGAUCUACAUGUCGUUAUCAACGUGAUGUAUUGCUUUCUGCCAGUGAAUGAGCCGGUUCCUCCCCUUUGAGAAGCCGACGCAGCCUCUUCGGGAUUUUUUUGCAUAUAAACG